GGACAGGUUGGGCUUCUCGCUGUGUCUCGGCGGGCGGGGGUCGGUCGGGACGGGACGGGGCCGGAGGCAGCUCUGGGGCGGCACAGAUGGAGUUCUCCAGCCGAGCGAGGCAGAAGCAUUUGCGGCUGGCUGGGGACCGACGGGAGCUGUACCCUCACAGCCUGCAGUUCUACCUGGAGCCCCCCACGGAAAGCAUCUCGCUGGUGGAGUUCGAGAGCUUUGCCAUCGACCGCCUGAAGCUGCUCAAAGUAGUUGAAAACCUUGGUGUGAGCUAUGUAAGAAGUACUGAUUCGUACAAAACUAAGCUGGAGAAUGAGCUCCGGAAACUUAAGUUUCCCUACAGAGCUUUGGCUGAAGAUGAUUAUGAGGCAAGAAGAAAAGAUCAUAUCUCUCAUUUCAUACUACGCCUUGCUUACUGCCAGUCUGAGGAUCUCAGACGUUGGUUUCUUCAGCAAGAAAUGGAUCUCUUCCGGUAUCGCUUCAGCCAACUAACUGAUGGUUUAAUGCAGAAAUUCCUGGAACAUGUUAAUUUAUCAUUUGAAGCUGUUAGUGAAGACCUGAAAACUGAACUGGCAAAUGAGCUGUGUGCAUCAACUCCUGGCCUCAGUCUGCCUAAAGUAAAAGAACAAAUGUUCUAUAAGGUUGGACUUGCAGAUGCUGUAGAUCUAUUUAGAACCAGAAGAGUAUUUGUUAAAGAUGGCUUUGCAUAUGUGCCAUUUAAGGAGAUUGAUGCAAUUGUUUUGAAUAACUAUAGAACAAAAUUAUCUAAAGCGUUGGCGCUGACAGCACGAUCGCUACCUUCCAUACAGUCUGAUGAGAGACUACAACCUCUGCUUAAUCAUCUCAGCCAUUCUUAUAUUGGCCCAGAUUACAGCGUCCAAAAGAACACUGGAAAAAUUUCUCUAGAGCAGAUUGAUUCUCUUUCUGUGAAGUCGUUCCCUCUCUGCAUGCGGCAGUUGCACAAAGCGCUGCGCGACAGCCAUCACCUCCGUCACGGGGGGCGGAUGCAGUAUGGGCUGUUCCUAAAGGGCAUCGGCUUGACUCUGGAACAGGCACUGGAGUUCUGGAAGAAAGAAUUUAUCAGAGGAAAAGUGGAUGCAGAUAAGUUUGACAAAGGAUAUGCUUACAGCAUUCGCCACAGCUAUGGGAAAGAAGGAAAGAGAACUGAUUAUACCCCAUACAGCUGCAUGAAGAUUAUCAUGUCCAAUCCACCAAGUCAAGGGGAUUAUCAUGGGUGCCCAUUCCGACACAGUGAUCCUGAGCUACUGAAGCAAAAGCUGCAGUCAUACAAGAUCCCUCCCAGUGGAAUAACUCAGAUCCUGGAGUUGGUGAAGGGCAUGCAUUACCAACUGGCCUGUCAGAAGUACUUUGAGUUGACACAUGAGGUUGAUGACAUUGGGUUUUCUUUGAAUCAUCCUAAUCAGUAUUUUACAGAGAGUCAAAGGCUAUUAAGUGGUGGUAGAGAACCAAAGAAGGAAUUAAGUACUUCAGGAAACUCUCAACAAAAAAAUAAUAAUCAGGAAAGCGUGAAUUUGAAUUCGACUCCCACCUCUUCAGAUACAACAGCUGAUACAGAACUGGAGGGACUGGAAGCCUACUUCACUGAAGACUAAGCAGCUGUAUUACUUGGGUGUUAUUUGUAUUAUUUUUUUCUUUCUUUCAUUCUUUCCCUCCUCUAGCUGGAUUUGUCUCUAUACUAAGGGAUAUGCACUUCACUACCUGGAAUACACAGACAUUUUUUGAAUAGACUGAAAAAAGAAAGAUAGAUAUUGAAGCUGUAAUUGCAUCCAGUACCUAUUUUCACUGCUUUAAGAGGCUGUUUUAUAUGGCAUGUUUUAAGGAUGGGAAAUGAAAGUUCCUUCCCAAUUAUUAGGUGAUUUUUGUCUGAUUUACCUUUUUUUUGGUUUUCUUCAAAAUGUUCAGAUAUUUUUGUCCCAUUUUGUGGUUGAUUAUCUAUGUAUCUUCUUAAUAAAUAAUUUGCAAAGCAAAAACUUUUGGUAUUUUCUUUUUAGCUGUAUUUGGAUGGUAAUUAAG